AUGUCUGCUUCUGGAUCAGAAUAUACUUGUCCUAUUUGUCAAAAUAAAGAUUUAGAAAAUACUUCAGAAUCAGAAAGUAUUAAUCAGCAAGCUAAUCCAAUCGAAUCUACUACCGUGAAUACAUCUACUUCUAUGGAAUAUACUCCAAUCGAAUCUACCACUGCGAAUACAUCUACUUCUAUGGAAUAUACUCCAAUCGAAUCUACCACUGCGAAUACAUCUACUUCUAUGGAAUAUACUCCAAUUGAAUCUACUACUGUAAAUACAUCUACAUCUAUGGAAUAUACUACUAUGACAAAUACAUCUACUUCAAUACCUUCUAUACUAAUCACCAAUCCUUGUGAUCUUACAUCUACAAGUGAUCCAGCUAUAUCUACUAUUACUAGCAAUCCUGCGUCUACAAUUGCCAACUCUGGUAGCCCAGCUAUACCUCCUGUUAUUAAUAGUUCUACUACGCCUACGUCCAACUCUGGUAAUUCUACCAGGUCUACAUUAGUUACCGAACCUAGUAGCUCUACUGCUGAUCUAAGAAAAGAAAAAUAUUUUUUAGAAAUUCUUGUGGAUCUAGUUACUCCUAGUGAAAUAUCUAGAGUUAGUAGUAGUAAAUGUGAAGAAGAAAAUAGUAAAAAUGCAAUAAGUUUAGUUCAGCUUUAUAAUAAAGCAGAAUGUUCUCAAAAACGAGUAAAUGAAGAACUACAAAAUAAUAGAAUAAGUUUGAACAAAGCCAAAUCUAAAGUUUAUGGAGAAAUAUUAGCACAUCGAUCUGAUAUUACUAAAGAAGCUUUAAAAAAAAGUACACAAAGAGCUAAAAAUAUAUAUAAUUUGUUCAAAAUAAUUGGUGUAGAUAAAAUCAGUCGAAUUAGAACACAUAGGUUUGACACAAUCUCAAAGUUUACUGAACAACAAAUUGAAGUAAUUACCCAAAGUGUAAAUGAGAAGUGCCUUGCUGAUUUAGAAAGUAUUAGUGGUAAGUUCAAGGAGAUCAUUUUUUAUGAAGCUUUUGUCCAAUAUAUUGAAAACACAGAAGAUAUUCAAAAGUUAUCAGUAUUAGAGAAAACUAAACAGCAACUAGAAAAAGAUUUUAAGCAACUCGAAAUUCUUACUGAAAAACCAAGAGAUUUUUAUCUUAAAAAAGCAGUAACUAGGUAUUUAGAGUAUACUAACAAAAUGCUAAAAUACUACGAGGGUGAAAAAGUGAAAUGGGAUAAAAGAGCCGAAAAAGGCUUAGCCAAGAUUGAUCAAGCAAUGGCUAGAAAAAUCAGACUCGAUGCAGAAAACAAGCUAGUCAAAAAUCCUUAUACCAAAGGUAAGCCCUUAAAAG